CAGUCGUUGAUGAGUGUGAGAAAGAUGUUGGUGGCUCUGAUAAUCCUUCUAACGGGUACCUACACAUCAGCCUAUAUUGGAACUGGACGAGGAACUAAAAGAACAAACAUGGCAGACGUUUCAGUAAAUAUGAAUAUCCUGACUGAAUUUUCAAACGUUCUUAGUGGCAUCCGAUGCGUUGAUCUCUGUCUGCAGAAUGAGGCGUGUGUGUCUGUAUUCUACAGACGGCAACACCAGCGAUGUCAGCUCCACGACGUGUUGUUCAUGUCGCCGCAGGACGGACAACAAGAGACGGGUACAGUGUACUACAGCGUCACAACAGGUGUUUGUCCAUCUGGCUACGUCCACAACCGUCUCCUCAACCUCUGUUACCAGCUUCAUCAGGAGAAGAUAACGUACGGCAAAGGUCUUGCUGACUGUAAAUCCAGAGGAGAACACUUUGUUGUUAUUGACAGUGAGGACAAGCAGAACCACGUCGUCAAGCAGAUCAACUCAUCAGACACUGGGCCUUGCAAUUACUACUUCGAUGGGUCGGACGCAGCAAAUGAAGGACACUGGGUAUUUCAUGAUGGCCGUAAUAUGACGUACCUUCCCUGGGCUCCGGGCUUUCCCCAUGGGAACGAAAAGAGGGACUACAUUAUGGCUGUUCGUGGUCAUAGCUUUCGAUGGUAUAAUGCAAUUAGGGGGGCAUUUAAGCAAUGUUACCUAUGUGAAAGGGAUGUGUGACAUGAUGUGAGCAGUUUUGCAGCCGUGGACAUUAAAACGCCUCUCAAAAUGUGAUUAUGACAGAGCUAUAGAUAAGCUUGUGGUUAUUUGGGUAUUUUACCCAGGGAUUUAAUUUUGAUUGAGUAUCCACAAGUUUGAAAGGGUAUUCAAAUUUUUUACCCUCCUGUUUCUUGACAUUUGGCUAUUUAACUUUAAACCUAUUUCGUAACAAUCCUUGUAAAUCAUUUAAAACUAUCUGAAUGGUAGAAAAGUCAUCUGCGUCUGUUUGCGGCUCCCGGAAGCUCUUUUGUUUACAACCUAGCUUUGUAUUUGUUGUUUGUUGUUUAACGCCGCACUCAGCAAUAUUCCAGCUAUAUGACGGCUAGCUUUGUAAGAAAGACACCUUUGUACUAAUCUAAUAGAUGUAAUAUACGCAUUAAUUUAUUUCAAUGGUGUAUUUGUAAUUUUUUGUAUUUGAUACGCUAGAAUUCAAUUUGUCUCCGUAUUUCAGCUUAUUUAAUGCGUAGUUUACACAAAUACGCAGCUGAUCUCUGAAUUAUAUAAGGAACAUAUCCUGGAUCUGUAAUAUAAUGAUUGAACGCAUGACCUUUUAACUUACUAAGAGCUCCCUUGUGAGUGAGUAUGGUUUUACGCCGCUUUUAGCAAUACCCCAGCAAUAUCACGACGGGGGACAACAGAAAUGGUCUUCACACAUUGUACCCAUACCUGGAAUCGAACCCGUGUCUUCGGCGUAAAGAGCGAACCCUUUAACCACUAGGCUACACGACCGCCCCCUUGUUGCUUAAUACAUGUAGGUCAUAGAUAAUUCAUCAUAUGUAUUCUGGUAUCAAUGUGUCCAUAAAUCACUAUCAAAUAGUGACUAUACCAAGUGUCCUCGAAAAGGUGACCGUGUGCUGCUCCACCCGUAGCAUCAGUCCCAAAGACUACCCGUGAAGAUCCGGGUUAGAAACGGUCUUCAGCAAACCGUGCUUGCCGUAAAAG